UUUGUUGCUUUUAGAAAAUUUAAAUCGUUUCUCUUACAUAAUCAUCAAUUUUAUCACAAGGAACCACAGAAAACUUCGUGUAAUCAGUAUAUACAUAUAUGCUUUUCUUUUCUAACGCAUAAAUAUGAGUCAUCACACUUUGAUCAAUUGUUUUAAACGUGCCAUUGAACCAAAUUUUUCAAACAGUCUAAAGAAAUCAUCAACACGAUCAAGUAUGACAACAGAACAGCAAAAUCCAAUUGAAAUUGGUGAUGUAAUAACUCGUUCACCAAAAAUGAUUGAUAUUACAUCUAAAAUUGUAAAACAAUUCAAUGGAAAUAAUCAUAAACAAAAUAGUAUGAUAACAGUUAGAUCAGCAAAAGCAGAAGUAUUUAUAUGUAUUGAUGAUUAUAUAAAACAAUUCAUCCAUAAUCAAUAUAUGAUUACAGAUACUAAUUCAGAUAAGAUUAUUCAUGAUAAUAAUGAAAAUAAUAUUGAUGAUAAUAAUCAUACAGAUGAAUUAUAUGAACUUUUAACACCAAAAGGUGAUGUAUUUACAGUGGCACGUUUAGCUGGAAUACAAGCUGCUAAACAAACUUCUAAUAUUAUACCAUUAUGUCAUCAAGUGCCCUUAUCACAUAUUUCAGUCGAUAUUGGUUACAGAUUAGGUAAAAUUCAUAUACAAUCACAAGUAAAAGCAGUUGGUCAGUCUACCGGUGUAGAAAUGGAAGCAUUAACAGCUGUUUCUGUUGCUGCAUUAACAGUUUAUGACAUGCUAAAACCGUUACAAAAAGGACCAAUUAUUAUUGAAAAAAUUGAACUAUUAGAAAAACUCGGUGGGUCGAAAGGUUCCUACUUAAAACUUGGUGCAUCGAAGUAAAGAAAAGAAUUUAAUUAUCCAGCUUUGCUUUGAAUUCGAUUAUGUUUACAGUAUUUUGCAGACUUUGAUUUCUUUAUUACGAUAUGUUGUCGAAAUAGUUUGACUGUUAAAAGCAUUUUCAAA